AUGCUCGAGGACAAUAAAAACGACACGUGCUCCGGCGAGGAUGCCAUCCGGCCGGCGUCCAAGACGGAGCGCGAUCUCGAGGUGCAGCUGGUGCUGUCCCUGAUUCUGGGCAUUGGGGCCUUUGUCGCAUUCUGUAUUCUGCGUCCGCGAUGGCCGACGCUCUAUGCUGCGCGCAAGAGGCGCCUUGAUCCGACGAUUGGCCUGCCGCCGCUGACCGACUCUUUCUUUGGAUGGAUCCCCAGGCUGUACAAGGUGACGGAGGAGCAGAUUCUGGCGUCGGCUGGACUCGAUGCGUUUGUGUUCCUGGCCUUCUUCAAAAUGGCCACUCGCAUCUUCGCCAUCAUGACCUUCUUUGCCUUUGUCGUGCUGUGGCCGAUCAACUACAGCUACCGCAACUUCCAGCCACUGCUGGGAGGCAACCAUACGACUAACGACCCCGACGACUGGGACGAUCUAUACCGGCCCGUUGGCCUGCCUCUGGGCUCGGUCGCGAUGGGCUUGGCAGACAAGAUAGACAAGGACAAGAGCCGGGAGAGGACGUUUCUCUGGGCCUACGUCUUUUUCACCUACUUUUUCGUUGCGCUGACGAUCUACUUUAUCAACAAAGAGACGUUUCGAAUCAUUGGCUAUCGGCAGGACUACCUGGGCUCGCAGUCGACCCUCACGGACCGAACAUUCCGCCUCACCGGCGUCCCCCCUGAUUUUAGAACCGAAGCGCGCAUCAGAGCCGUCAUCGAGAAGCUACACAUUGGCACGGUCGAGACUGUAUCGAUAUGCAGAGACUGGAAAGCGUUGGAUAAGAUCAUGGAAGAAAGACGCCGGAUCCUGCAUAAUCUUGAGGUGUCCUGGGCGCGCUUACGAACACAGCAGCAAUAUCUGGCCGCGAACACCCGCCAUCGCAACGGCCGCACCAAUUCUUCGCGGAACAAUAACAAUCAUAUUAGCGAAGGCGAUGAAGAAUCUGGCGAGAACUGGGGGCUGCUAGGCGGCGGCUCGGGCCAGACCCACGUCUCGGAAGGCGAUCGACCACAGGCCUCCAUACGCUACGGCAUCUUUGGACUGCGGAGCCGCAAGGUCGAUGCGAUUGAUUAUUACGAGGAGAAGCUCCGGAGGAUCGACGAGGUGGUCAUUGAGGCCCGCAAGAAGGAGUACCCCACUACCGAUAUGGUGCUUGUGACUAUGGACUCGGUUGCGUCGUGCCAGUUGAUCGUCCAAGCUCGAAUUGAUCCCCGGCCUGGGCGGUUCUUGACCAAGGCUGCGCCGUCGCCCGCUGACAUUGUGUGGAAGAACACGUACGAGCCACGUGGAGUAAGGCGUAUCAAGGCAUGGGCAAUUACUCUGUUCAUCACAAUCCUGACGCUUGUCUGGAUUUUCCCAACGGCAUUCCUCGCUUCGUGGCUCAGCAUAUGCACUAUCCAGAAAGUCUUGCCAUCCUUCUCCCUCUGGCUCAAGGAACACGCCAUCAUUCACUCGUUGCUCCAGAACGGUGUCCCUACAUUGGUAGUCUCGCUGCUCAACGUUGCUGUUCCUUAUCUCUACGAAUUUCUGUCAAACCGCCAAGGAAUGAUCUCUCAUGGUGACGUGGAGCUGUCGCUAAUCUCCAAGAACUUCUUCUUCACCUUUUUCAACACCUUUUUUGUCUUUGCUAUUUCAAGAACCGGUUUUGAUUUCUGGAGCGUGCUCCAAGAUUUUCUCAAAGACACGAGCAAGAUCCCCAGAGCUAUAGCGGCUGAUGUGGAAGACUUAUCCGUCUUCUAUAUCAAUUUCAUCAUGCUGCAGGGCAUCGGCCUGAUGCCCUUUCGAAUCCUCGAGGUUGGAAGCGUGUUUAUCUUCCCGAUCAAUCGAUUUCUGGCCCAAACUCCGCGAGACUACGCAGCGCUUAAGAAGCCGCCUCUGUUUCAAUAUGGAUUCUAUCUGCCGACUUCUCUGCUGGUUUUCAACCUUUGCGUCAUCUACUCCGUUUUGAGAUGGGGAUUUGCUAUCCUUCUUUUUGGAACGUUGUACUUCUCCAUCGGGUAUUUUACUUUCAAGCACAUGCUCCUCUACGCCAUGGACCAGCCGCAGCAUGCGACUGGAGGUGCUUGGCAGAUUAUUUGCUACCGUAUCGUUAUUGGAUUAAUCGUCUUUGAGAUUGUCAUGAUCGGACAAAUUGCUUCGCUCUCGGCGUUUGUGCAGUCCGUCGCGAUUACGCCUCUCAUUCCCUUUUCGAUUUGGUACAGCUACUACUUCAAGAGGCGAUUUGUGCCGUUGAUGAAAUACAUUGCCCUGCGAGCCAUCCAGCCUGAUGAGGGCUCUGAUGAAGAGCAAGCUGUUGUAGAUGAUGAGGAGUCUGAUGACGCCAGCCCUAGUCGUUCGCGAACACGAGAAAUGCUGCGAAGAGGUAGUACGUUGGAUGAACUUAAGGAGAAGGGUUUGACGUUUACGAAUCCGAGUCUUAUCGACCCUCUACAGCAAGCAUGGGUCUACACUGAUCCGCCUCCGAUCACAAUGACAGACGAGGAGUCUGAGGAUGGCGGAGAAGGGUCUGAAGAUCAGCCGACAUUGAUGCUGCCUAAUGCAGACAGCUCCUUGGGCAUUGGAGAAGAUAAUGUUUGGCUGAACACAGCAGGACGAGACCGAAGUACGCGAUGA